CAACCUUCCAUUAUAUCACCCAAAAAUACAGGCAGAAAAGCAAGAAGCGUGAGCACUUCAUUAUCGUCUCCUCCUUUCCUCCCCCGCAACCCCGAUCGAAUCGCUCGAACCAUCCCCAGGUUUGCGCGUCGAUCUAGGUUUGCGCGAGGAUCCAAUUUGAUCCCCUCCCGUUUGAGCUUGUGAUCCUCGACGGAGUUCUCCGUUAGCCUUUUUCCCCGAUUUUUUUCGCUCAUUUGUUCGAGCUUUUCAAGAGCAGAAGAGGCAGUUUCGAAUUCCGAUGCACCCAGGCCUCAAGAUCCAAUUUUGAGGCCUUUCCCAAGCUCUCCGCGUCGAUCUGCACAAGAAGAUGGGUAACGCGGGUAGCAACGGUGGAGGCGCCGCCCCUGGUCAUCGCCGUCGGAGCUCGGGCCACGGCCACGGCCACCACCACCAGGCGCCGCCGCCUCCCCCGCCGCAGGAGACUGCGCCCAACCGCUACGUGUUCGCGGCGGCCACGCCGUACCCGCCUCAGUACCCCAACCCCAACCCGCCGCAGUACUACCCGCAGUACGGGAACUACUACCCGCCGCCCCCGCCGUCCGUGCCGGUGCCUCUCCCGGCGCCGUACGACCACCACCACAGGCCGCCUACCGCCGCCGGCGGGGAGUUCCCUCCCCCGCCUCCAGCCCACCCCCACCACUACCCUGGUUGGGCUGGGCGGUAUCCCUCCUACGGGCCGCAUCUGCCUAUGCCGACGCCCUACGUCGAGCACCAGAAGGCCGUCACUAUCCGCAAUGAUGUCAACCUCAAGAAGGAGACGCUUCGGAUUGAGCCUGAUGAAGAGUGCCCUGGCCGCUUCCUCGUCUCCUUCACCUUCGACGCCACUGUCGCCGGCAGCAUGACUGUUUACUUCUUUGCAAAGGAAGAGCUCAACUGCAAUUUAGCAGCAGUGAAAGAAGACCUUAUUAAGCCAGUUACUGUUAGCUUCAAAGAGGGUCUUGGUCAAAAAUUCAGGCAACCUUCAGGGACAGGAAUCGACUUUUCAGUGUUUGAGGAAUCUGAUUUAUUAAAGCAGGGGGACAUGGAUGUAUAUCCACUUGCUGUUAAAGCUGAAACAGCAUCAGUUGAUCAACCAUUGGAAGGGGAUGACCAAAAGAUGAAAACUCCUAACUCACAGAUCACACAAGCUGUGUUUGAGAAGAAAGAAAAUGGGGAGUAUCAAGUACGAGUUGUUUGUCAGAUCCUAUGGGUCAAUGGGACUAGGUAUGAACUGCAGGAAAUAUAUGGAAUAGGGAACUCCAUGGAAGGUGAUGCUGAUGCAAAUGAUCCAGGGAAAGAAUGUGUCAUUUGCCUUUCAGAGCCAAGGGAUACUACUGUCCUCCCUUGUAGGCAUAUGUGCAUGUGUAGUGAGUGCGCCAAGGUCCUACGGUACCAAACCACCCGGUGCCCCAUCUGCAGGCAGCCAGUUGAGCGUCUCCUUGAGAUCAAAGUCAACAACAAAUCUGAAGAUCAGCAGCAGACGCCCCAAUCACCGCCGCUCCCGCCCCCAACCCCGCAGCAGGAAGAGGUGUACCCAUGAUUUUUUUUAAAAAAAAAUCAGCGCUCAAACACUAUAUGGGUCUAGUUUGCAGCCUCCGGGCCUUCCCUGAAUGUUGUUCUUCCCAUUUGAGCAACGGGGGGAUGUAAUCGAUACUUUACCUUUAGCAUAUGUAAGCUUCUGGCAUCGCCCGCCCGGCUCGCCCCAGCCUCCACUGUAUAGCUGGAGGUCGGAGACUGAUCGCGAUGGUGCCAUGAAGGGUAUGUGUACCAUAUACAUCGUGCAUGCGUGUGCCGUGGCUACCUGAAGAAGUGUAGGGAGGAGGAGGACUCCUCAUGCCAGAUCGGCUUCCCCCGUCAGUAAAGGAAGGGGAAGCGGAAGGUGGACUCUGAAUUUGUACAAAAUGACUAUUUCACCUUGAUGCCAAGUCUUCUCUGUAGUGUUAUGCCUGAAGAAUCUGCGGGUA